AUGACAAACCCGACCGGGCCACGUUCCGAAAUCCACGUUCCCCGUAAUAGAAAUACCACCGGAAUCUCUACCGAGUCAAUUCCCAUCACCGCCUCCAUCCCGCUUGGGACCACUGCUGCUCAAACUACUCUUCCACUGACUUUUGGCACGCUGCCCCCUAUGACUCGAGUAAUUUCAACCAUUAGUGACGCCGGCACACAUUACUCAACGGUCACAACAACCACUCGUGGAGGCAUGGGAGACGACUAUGUGAAUGUAACUGACUACGACUCCUCUGAAUCGGCGCAGGAGCAUGAUACCCCCCCUCGAAGGAGGAGAGAUGCUGACCCUACUCGACACCGUCAGCGUCGCCAUAGGCAAGAAGCCAAUGAGCCCCGAGGAGCAACGAACCAAGCCUAUGAGGAUCGAGUCCGUGCUUAUGAGGAGGAGAUCGCACGAUUAAAAAGGGAUCAGGCCAGAUUACCGCCUCCGGAACCAAGGGACGAAAACCCUCGUCAGACCGUCAUGAAUCAAAUUCACUUGUUACCAGCAGGCGAUCCUGAUAACCCCGUUCCCCCUUUUACGCAGAAAUCAUGGGUGCAAGAAUAUCCUGAAAAUUCAAGCUCCCAACCAUUAAAGCUUACGAUGGCACGGGGCUUCAUAGGGCAAUUUGUUGGAAGCAAAACGCAUGUUAAGAGCUCUGCCUCUCUAAUGAAUUUGCAUCAAGGUAAGAAUGAAUCACUCCGGGAAUAUAUGAAUCGUUUUACCAAAGAAGCCUUGAAGGUCCCGGACCUAGAUCAGAAGGUAGCCAUGAUUGCACUCCAGCAAGGUACCACUGAUGACAACUUUCGCCAGUCUCUAGCCAAGAGGGCCCCCGAUAAUAUGAACGACUUGCAAGAAAGAGCCGGGAAGUACAUUAAGGCGGAAGAAAGCCUAAGGAAAUCCCAGAGUAACCAAGGGCUGAACACCAAUUUUAAGAAACGUGGAAACGAUGUCGAGUAUAACGCUGAGAACAAAUAUGCCAAAAAGGAUGAUGAUGAGAAGUCGCCUGCUAAAAAGAAGGUAGGACCAAGGUUCACAGAAUAUGCUAGGCUCAACGCCCCAAGAAGUCAGAUCCUAAUGGAGAUCGAAAAGGAUGAGAGUGUUCGAUGGCCGAAGCCCAUAAGGACCGACCUAGAGAAACGAAACAAAGAUUUGUAUUGUCGAUUCCACAAAGACACGGGGCAUAAGACCGAUGAUUGUCGACAACUGAAGGACGAAAUCGAAUUCUUGAUCCGAAGAGGCAAGUUGUCUAAAUUUACCAAGGAUGGAGACAAGAAUUAUCGGGACAAUGACAGUCGUGGAAGAGACAAUGAUGAUAGAGAACUCAGCCUCGAGGGCCUGUGA